UAAGCAACUUGGGUGGCAAAGGGACCUCUGCAGACAAACGAGACCGUGUGCAAUGGACGCCAUUGCAAAGCUCAACAACCACUUCCAAGGCCUCAAUCAGCAUGCCGCUGUGAGCUGGGCUGAGAGGCAGGCUCCCGGUCCAAACGGCACUGUUGUUUGGACCGUCAAGUGCAACAUUCGCGGGGAGACGAAGGGCACUGCUUCGGCUCCUAACAAGAACACUGCGAAGAUUGAGGCCGCCAAGCAGGCCCUCGCUGCCCUUGGGGUUCCCGCCUAGAGCUCAGCGUCGUCACGAUUCAUUAACUGCUUCUUCACUCGCAUCGAUCCGUGUCGUCCCCCAGAUUCGAGCUAUCUAUUCCACAGCGUGCUGUGGCAGGAUGUACC